GCUCUUCGUCCAGUCACAAACAGAGGCGAGGGCUGCCAGCUGCCACCUUGACAUCUUCGACACACAGCUGGAGAAGCGAUAGGGCAACAUGAGAACAGCACUAAUUCCUUUUGUGUUUGUCCUGGCUGCCACCUGCAUCCCCGCCCUCUGUGCCAGAGAGGAGCCCCCGGCCCUCCACCUCGAAGCUCCUGUUGAAACUCGGUCCCGCUUUGCUGCUCUGGAUGAUGUUCGUCUCCUGGCGAACGGCCUCCUCCAGCUGGGUCAGAGCCUGCGGGAGUUUGUGCAAAAGACGAAGGGACAGAUCAACGACAUCUUCCAGAAGCUCAACAUCUUCGACCGCUCUUUCUACCAGCUGUCGGUGCUGGCCAGCGAGAUCAAGGAGGAGGAGGAGGAGCUGAAGAAGACCACGGUGGUGCUGAAGGCCAACAACGAGGAGAUCAGGGGCCUGUCGGAGGAGAUCAGCUCCAAGAUGGACAACCUCUUGCAGGAGAAGAGCCAGCUGCAGGAGAAGGUGGAAGGGCUGGAGGAGAAGCUGAGGAGUCUGUCGGAUGGAAUGGCGACGCGCGAGCAGGCUGCAGAGAUCAACAGCCUUCGGGAGGUGAUCCACAGCCAGGAGCAGAGCAUCACCAAGCUGCUGAAGGCUGUGAGCGAACAAAGUGACCAACUCAACCACCAGAGAACUAAGAUCAAGCUUCUGGAGGAAAAACUUACAGCCAACACGUUAGCCCAGGAGACCAUCGAGAGGAUCCCGGAAAUCUUCAACACCGAAGCACCGACGCUCACCCCCUACCUGACCUCGAGCUCCACCAGCAGCGCCAGAAUGAUGACUCUGCCAUCAGACUGCAGCGAGCUGUUCAACAGAGGAGAGCGGGUGAGUGGUGUCUACGCCAUCAAACCCAACGGAUCAGACCCUUUCAUGGCCUUCUGUGACAUGAACAAAGACCACGGAGUGACAGUUAUCCAGCGAAGAAAAGAUGGUUCAGUGAAUUUCGAUCAAACCUGGGAGACGUAUGAAAAUGGUUUUGGAGAUUUUCAUGGAGAUUUUUGGCUGGGUCUCAAGAAGAUUCACUCUCUGGCCUGUCAGGGCAACUCUGUCCUUCAGAUCCAGGUGGAAGACUGGAAACAGGACAAACGCUUCAUCGAAUACAGAUUUUACCUUGACGGUCCGCAGAACAACUACACCAUUCACCUCACGUAUCUGUCUGGAAAUCUGGCCGACCCCAUGAGCAACCACACCGGAAUGAUGUUUUCCACCAAGGACAGAGACAACGACAACCAUCAAGACUCAAACUGUGCCCACCAGCAAGCAGGUGGAUGGUGGUUCAACACCCGUGGAGAUGCCAGCCUGAAUGGGAGGUACUUUCACAUGAGACCAAAGUGGCGUUCCGAUCGUAGGAGAGGGAUUCAUUGGAAGUUGGGCCGAAAGGGCUCUUACUCCCUAAAGUUCACCCAGAUCUCCCUCCGUCCGAUGGCUUCCCCCAGCAUCACCUCCCCUGCAUCAGCUUCCUUUGAGUCAGGCGGCUUUCUCUGAUCCAGCAGCAGCAGCAUCCAGUAAAAGUUCUCAAUACAAAAACCUGCAAUAAACAGCAGCCUCAUCAGGAAAGCCUUGGCUGUGCUUUAUAUGGCAGCCAGGGUUUCACUAUAGGCUUGGGCAGAGAGGAGGACGUUUACCUCCAAGUGUCUCAGUAGAUUGAAGUCAGUCACACAGGACACUAACAAAGCUUUAUAAGUCUGAGGGCUGCUGUGUGCUAAACUUCUUUUAGCCAGGAUAUUGUACAUGCAAAAAGUAACAUCAAAGCCUAAUAUACACUAAAAUUCACUUAGCUCACCAUCCUCACUACAUGGCAAAAACCACAUCUUCACUUGCUGGUUAGAGAUUAAAGAGAAGAACGUCAACUCAUAUUGAGUCACAUUGACUCUCAGUGUGAUGGUUCCCAACAUUUGGGCCUGGACCCCUUGAAAGGGUUGUGAUACACAUCUAUGGAUUUAAGAAGGAAAUAACAGGAUAUUAAAGGCAGUAGAACGUUUUCACUCAGAUAGUCUUCAUCAGGGUGUAUGUGCAAAGAACACAGGUUUAAAAUUCAUUAAGAAUGUGAACUCACAUACAACACUUGACAAACAAGCAAAAAAAAAAAAAUUGGGGUUUUGGAGACAUUAAUAACAAAUGCGACAUUGUUUUUUUUUUUUAUCUUUUAUCCCACAAUCCAUUUAUUAUCAUAGAAGAAUGAGGAAAUCAAAGGCUUACAGGCUGGAAACAGGAUUUUUUUUCAUUAUUGCUUAAAAAGUUACCUAUCUAAAUUAGUCAAAUAUCAAAAAAGUUACUGAUUCAUUUUCUGUUUGUUCAUUUGAGUUUGUUUAAAUCAAAUAAUCUGAAAUGUGGUAAUCAGUCCCAAACAGACAUUUCUUCAUUUUGUGUGUUCAAAAGGUAACAAAAGUUGGGAACCACUUGUAUCAAUACUCAUCUAUCUAUACUUAGCAUUUUCAGUUUUUAUAUAAUUGCUACAUUUUUUUUAAAAACUUAAAUAACCACAAGAAUGAUUGUGACCACAGAUAAUUCAAGUAUUCAUUUAGCUGUAAAUAUCCUUAACUUAAACCUUUUUCACAAUCAAGUCCACACUGAACAAGGUAAAACUUAUUGUAAAGUUCUUUUGUACUUUCUUAUUUUGGGUUCUUCAUUGCUUGUGGUUCUGGCUCUGAUCAGACACAGCAAUAACAUCAAGUAUGCGUCGACAGAUUUGGCUUGUUUCAUCCUUGUGAUGCCAAAGUAAAUGGAUGACUGAUGCGUGUUCAUGCUAUUACUACAUACUAAAACUUUCUGACUGUUGCACUGUGAGGUUAAUGCCCAAGUCUUUUGUACUGUGUUGUUAGGAGCGCUUAAUAAACUCUAGAGGGCAGCGUUGCUCCAUCUCAUGCA